AUGUUGUCUCACAGUUUUUCCGGUAAUUAUUUGGUCUUGCGACCAGAAGAAGUGGGUCUCUGUCAUCUCUUUGGCAUCUUACUCAACGGUGACAUGGCACAGAAAGCAUUUAUAGAGUACCCAAUUGGGAAGGAGGAAAAUCUCCAACGCAGAUGGCUUAUAUUUAUCUCUCUCUUUGGGCAAAAAGUUCUGCAACACUUGGCAAAACCCAUGAUGGCGUUUGGAUCAGCUUUCGAAAUGUGGAUGAACCUAUUGUCAUGUAACGGCAACUUCUUUGGGCUCUUGCUUCAUGUUUUUCAAAAUAAGGUGAUAGUGCCUGAAAGAACAUCAGAAAUGUUUCUGUCAUUUGUUGGACAUAUAGACAAACGAAUGCAGCUGGACAAUAACAUCCAGCAUGGAGAUAUAAGAUAUUUUGUGAUGCUAUGUGCAAUGGCUUCUAAAUUAUCAUUCGAGAACAAAGCCGUAGUUGAAACCACAGUCCAAAAUUGCUGGAAGAUGGAAUUAUUGGGAUACCACGAUUUUUGGAAUGAUUUCCAAAGAAAAAGUACAACACAAGGAUUCAUGUUUCAUGAUAAAACUGCAGAUCCUGACGUUGUUGUUGUCGCCUUUAGAGGUACCGAAGUCUUUGAUGCAGAUGCAUGGUGCACUGACAUUGAUAUCUCCUGGUACGAGCUCCCGGGCAUGGGAAAAAUACAUGGUGGUUUUAUGAAAGCAUUAGGGUUAUUGAUUGGUCAAGGUUGGCCGAAAGAAAUGAACCAACAGGAUAUAGUUGAGUAUCCAGUUGCGUAUUACACCAUCAGAGAAAAAUUGAGGACACUUCUGAAUGAAAAUAGUAGAACAAAAUUUAUAUUAACAGGUCACAGCAUGGGUGGGGCACUUGCAAUUCUCUUUCCUGCAGUUCUGGCAUUGCAUGAAGAGACAUUUUUGUUAAAGAGAUUGGAAGGAGUGUACACUUUUGGGCAACCUAGGGUUGGGGAUGAGGAGUUUAAGACGUUUAUGAAAAAACAGAUGAAUAAGUAUGACUUUAAAUAUUUACGGUAUGUUUACUGUAAUGAUAUGAUCCCUAGGUUGCCCUCAGAUGACUCUACAUUUUUGUUCAAGCAUUUUGGGACAUGCCUCUACUACAAUAGCUGUUACAAAGGGAAGAUAGUUGAAGAAGAACCAAACAAAAAUUAUAUCUCAUUGUUGGCGACGAUACCCACAAUCCUAAAUGCGUUUUGGGAGCUGUUAAGAAGCUUUAUUCUUCCAUACAAAAAGGGACCAGACUAUUGUGAAAGUUGGUGGCUGAUACUGGUGAGAUUUGUUGGACUGGCACUCCCGGGUUUAGCCGCUCACGGUCCCCAGGAUUAUGUUAAUAUAUCUCGACUGGGUUCUCCUUUUAUUUAUGUCAAGCUUAAAGAGUGACAUUUGAAAAGUUUCGCCCGAGAUGGUACCGAGUAA